AGUGCGAUCGUCUCAAAGCAAAGCUACUCCUCCACGAUGCGUGUUUACAAGUUCGGUAAAACUGGCAAGAUAGAAACUAUAAUUAUAGUUUAUUCAAAAAGGCUGUUUUAUAUAUAACUGUAAGAUGUUAUAAAUGGCGUGAGAACUUAAAUGUUAUAGGCUUUGCAAUACAUCAAGAUACAUGCGAAAUGCUUUUGUUCUCUAAAAAACAUUUACGUUUUUCUGGUUAUUUAUGAAGAUGGGAUGGAUUAUACGAUAAAAACAUCCUCGUAGAAAUGGGAAAAAGGGAGUUGACAAUGGAGCCUGUUCAAGAGUGGGGUGAGGAGCACGAGAAUGGGGCGGUGUUUGGGAUAGCCCUGCGCAGAGAGCCGGUCCAGCAGUCAGCCGAUCCCACAGAGGCGUUCGUUCAGUACCGGACAUGUAAAGUCCGCAGGUUAAAAGCGGCCACGCUGGAGAAGCUGGUCUCUCACCUUCUGGACCCCUGCUGUCAGGAGCAAGACUACGGCAGGAUACUCCUGUCCACGUAUCGCACCUUCACCAGCUCCAACAAACUCAUCCAGAUGCUCUUCCAGAGGGGCAACCUUGUCUCUGCGCUUGACAGCACCAAUUACUCCAGCAGCUCCUUGUGGACUGUGCUUCAGAUGUGGUUAGAGGAGUACAGUGAUGAUUUGAGGGACGCUCCCAUGCACUCGUCCCUGCGUCUCAUGUGCUUGCAGUUGAGAGGACACCCUGUUCUCCUCCCGCUGGCCAAACGCUGUGAAACGCUCCUUGAGAAAUUGCAGGCUGAAGAUGUUGUGUCAGGUGGUCCAGUUGAUCGUCUAGAAGAAUCUGCUUUGAAUAAGGAGGAGAGAGACUUCGAGUCAGAUAACCUGAUGGAUUUCUUAGGUUUCUCCGUUAUGGACGUAGCCGAACAUCUCACACGAUUGGAUGCUGACCUGUUCAUGGAGGUGGUCCCUUUCCAGUGUCUGGGCUGUGUGUGGUCUCAACGGGACAAGAAAGAGAACCUCUCACCCACUGUUUCGGCCACCGUCACCCAAUUUAAUGCAGUCACCAGCUGGGUCAUAACUUCUCUGCUUCGAUCCUCAUCUUCUGCCACACAAAGAGCCAGAGUCAUUGAAAAAUGGGUUCGGAUUGCACAGGGGUGCAGAGAGCUGAAGAACUUCUCUUCUCUUAAAGCCAUUUUAUCUGCCCUUCUCUCCGGUCCCAUCUACACACUCAAGAAAACAUGGGCUGCUCUCAGCAGAGAGGCCAUGUCUGUCUUUGAGAACCUGUGUAAAACAUUCCCAGAUGAGAACUGUGUUCUGACCAGCCGAGAAAUCUUUGUGGAUGAUGGGAGUCAAGAUGACAUGGAUGACACUACCACAAAAACAUCCAAGAGAUGCUCUUUAACAAAACAGAUGAGCUCGACUGGAGGGACCGUUCCGUACCUGGGGACGUACCUUUCAGUGCUGAACAUGCUGGACACUGCCCUACCACACACUGUGGAGGGUGGCCUCAUUAAUUUUGAAAAGAGGAGACGGGAAUAUGAGAUUUUAAGGCAGAUCCGUCAGCUGCAGGCCUCGUGUUCCCAGUAUGAUUUACCCCAUCAUCCUUGGAUCGCUGCAUGGCUACAGAGUCAGAAACUGCUGUCGGAUCAGGAGAGCUAUGAAUUUUCCAGACAGUUGGAGACUCCUCAUGACACUUCUCCAUCCAACAGUGGCUGGAGUCCCCGAACUCUCACCAAAAAGCUCUCAUUGCUCUUGUCAGGGACUGAGGGGUCCAAAAAGAACUCUGACCAGAUCAGUGUGUCCUCGUCAGGAUCCAGCGGCUCUGAAACUGAGGAAAUAUCUGCUGCUCAAUCACCGUCUUUUAUAACACCGGCUCUUUCCAGCUGCAGUCAGAGCACGGAGGCCUUUCCCUCGUCUUCCUCUCCUGAUUCCUCCACCGUGUCUAGUUCGUCCUCCAGCUCUCAGCAGGACCUCCACCUGAAUCAGUCUUCAUCAGCAUCAGCACACCCUCGUCUCGUCUCCUCACACAGGCGCUCGGUCUCCAUGACCUCCCUGCCCUUCUACAACAGGCAGGUGGACGACUCCUGCAUCAUCAGGGUCAGCGUGGAGUUCUGCACCAAUGGAAACAUGUACAAGAGCUUACUGUUGACCAGUCAGGAUAAGACUGCCCGGGUGAUCCAGAGAGCUCUGCAAAAACACAACCUGGAGGAUGUUAGUGAGCAGGACUUCAGCCUCGUACAAGUUCUGGCCCAAGGCAGAGAGCUGCAUAUUCCAGAAAAGGCCAACGUAUAUUAUGCCAUGUCUACAUCAGCCAACUACGACUUCGUUCUACGUCGAUGCCCAAAGGGCCAACGGAAACAACUCAUUCGCUCUAUUUCACUGUUUUCAGGACGAGCCACAAAAUAAAAGCAGAUUCAGCUCUGAUUAUGGAAAACUUUUUUCUGCACAGUUGCUGAAAACGAUUCGUCUUCUUCUAGCCCACAUUUCACCUAGGGAGUUGCCGAAGACUUUAUGAGAUGGCAUUUCCAAGCUGUUUUACUCCAGUAACAUGCACUAAUGAAUCAUGCAUGAUAAAACGUGUAAAUAGCUUCACUGAUGUUAACUGUAGAGCUCAAAUAUCAUGAGUUCAGUUUCAUGAAUUCAUAACCCAGGUGCUUUAAAUUGUUUUCAGUGACGAGACUGAUAACAGACUUCAUCUUCUUGAAUUCCUCACAUUCAGUGCAGUGAUAAUGGAAUGAAGCAAAGUUUCUCAGUGACCUUCAGCUCUCAUUCUUUGACUGCAAUAAUGUGACAGUCUAACCAGAUACACUGUGCGAAAAUGCAUGAAAUUUGAAUAGAAACACAGUCAUACUCCUAGAGGCUUGGGAUGAGACUUUUUUUAAAGGUCAGUGUUUGUAGAGACUGCCUGUGGAUAUCACACGAUGAGUUCACUGUGUUCCUGAUUACAGCAUGAUGACGGUGUGUGAGAAGACGAGCCGCUUCAACCGGUGCAAUGGCAUUCCAGAGACACACCGUCACAUCCACUGUCAUGUGGGACUGCAUUUACACGUCAUCUGACGAAUCCAGCUGUAUUCUGAUCAAUAAAUCAUUUCUGAUUUAUUGCA